AUGACAGCGUACCGCUGCGAUAAGAUAAGGGACCAGGCACGAGGCCACCCGCCGCCGCCGCCGCCGCCCGGACAUGGAUCGGAUAAGCCACCCGCCAGACCAACCUUAAGCUCGGCCGCAACCAGUCAUCCUGUUUCCCUCCCUCAACUACUUUCACCACUUCCGCCACAAGCUCAACUUUCAUUCAUCCUCACCCUCCUCGAUUGCGCUAUCACCGUCACCAUGACUCGUCACACUCCUGCCUUCAUCCGGGCCCGCGAUUCCAACCUCUCCAUCCGUUCCAUGGCCAUGGAACAGGCGAUGAUGGCCUCGCGCGCCUCUCCUGUCGCCAAUGAUGGUCUCAACAAGGUCGACGCCAAAGAGCUUAAGCCCGAGGCCUUCACCAAACCAUACUGCGAGUUCAUGACCGAGAACCCCACAGUCUUCCAUGCCGUCGGCUACUUCAAGGAGAAGCUCGCAAAGGCUGGUUACAAGGAGCUUUCCCAUCGCGAUAGCUGGAUUGGCAAGCUGGAGCCUGGUGGAAAGUACUAUGUUACCCGCAAUGGCAGCUCUAUCAUCGCCUUCGCUGUCGGCAAGGCCUACAAGCCCGGGAAUGGUGCUGCGAUGAUUGCUGGCCACAUCGACGCUCUUACCGCCCGCCUCAAGCCUACAAGCACGAAGCCAGGAAACAAUGGAUACGUUCAAUUGGGUGUCGCGCAAUAUGCCGGUGCUUUGAACGAGACUUGGUGGGACAGAGACCUGAGCAUUGGUGGCCGUGUCAUCGUCAGAGACCCCGACACUGGCAAGACAACGGUGAAGCUCGCCAAGCUUGACUGGCCAAUUGCUCGUAUCCCUACUCUCGCUCCUCACUUUGGAAUCGGCAUGAUGGGCCACAAUAACCGCGAAACCGAAACCGUUCCAAUCAUUGGUCUCGACAACAGCGACGUUCGUGGUGCCUCGACCACCUCGUCUGAACCCCCUCUCGGCGGUGUUGGUUCCUUUGCCGCUACCCAGCCCCCCAAGCUUGUCAAGCUCAUCGCUUCGCAAAUUGGCGUCCAAGACUAUAGCACAAUCCUCAACUGGGAGCUCGAGCUUUACGACUCCCAGCCGGCCCAAGUCGGCGGUAUGGACAAGGAAUUCAUUUUUGCCGGUCGCAUCGACGACAAGCUCUGCUCCUGGGCCGCCUUCAUGGCUCUUCUCCACGCCAAGCAGGAGGAGGAGGAGGGCAUCAUCAAGCUCGUCGCUCUCUUCGACGAUGAGGAAAUUGGCUCUCUGCUCCGCCAAGGUGCUCGUGGCAACUUCCUCCCUCUGACAGUCGAGCGCGCCGUCGAGUCCCUCGCUGCCAGAGAUGGCAAGACUCCCUUUGGCCCAGGCCUCAUGGGUCAAACCUUUGCCAACUCGUUCCUCGUCUCCUCCGACGUCACCCACGCCGCCCACCCCAACUUCACCCAGACCAACCUCGCAGAGCACUCGCCACGUCUCAACGUCGGCGUUGCCCUCUGCGUUGACGCCUCUGCCCACAUGACCACCGACAGUGUGUCGAUGGCCAUUCUGGACAGAAUCGCCACUCUGGCUGGCACCGUCAACCAGCGCCACAUGAUCCGCAACGACAGCAGAUCAGGCGGCACCGUCGGCCCAAUGCUGAGCAGCGCCAUGGGGUGCAAGGCUGCCGAUGUCGGUAUCCCACAGCUGAGCAUGCACAGCAUCCGCGCUACUACCGGUAGCUUGGAUCCCGGCCUCGGUCUCAAGUUUUACAAGGGCUUCCUGGACAACUGGGAGAAGGUUGACAAGGAGUGGCGCCCUUAG